AUGAGGGCCACAGGGAGGAGAACCACCGCAGAUGCAAGUGAGACAUUGGUAGAGUUAGAAGCUAUUGCCAUUACCGAUCAUGUGCAAGAAACUACCUCAACAGAGGCUGAAACUAGUUCUUCAACGUCUGCAACAACCACCUCUACGAGCAGCACGUCGACAACAACCAAAGCACCUACCAAAGAGGAAUUAAUUCUUGGAACUUGUGACACAUCCUUUGAGGCAGACCUACGUGUAAUAAACACGGACGGAUCUCUUAAAAAUCCAGAACAAUACGGCUUUUGGGUGCAUUCCUGUGGCACCCAGUUCGUCUUUGGAAAGUCAUUGGCAACGUGGCGAGACAACUUUAUAAAAUGCCGGCAGAUUGGAAUGGAGCCGAUUUCCUUCGAAAACGAGACUAAUUUAGAGUGCUUUAAAAAUAUGGUCUCCAAGUGGAAGUACAGCUCGAAUUACUGGACGUCCGGUUUGCGUGUCAGCGCGAGCGAGUUUUCUUGGUGCAAAAAGGACGGAUCGAUCGCGGUUGACAAAUCGAAAUUGACAUGGGCCGCUGGCCAACCAGACAACGUGAACAACACUGAAAAUUGUGUCCACCUAAAUGUUGUGAAAAGCAACUCUUCGUUUUACUUUUCGGACAGGACAUGCACCGAUCCACAAAUAUUCGCGUGCCAGGGUCCACCAACGCCAGCUCCAGCGUGUUCUAUGCCUGUUUGUCCAAAUGUCACUUGCGAGAAAAAUGCAGCUCAUUAUUCAACAAUUGGAACGUCUCAAUUUUUAACCAAGCCUGAACAACAUGGAAGUUGGUUCACUAUCAAUGGUAGGACGUAUCUCUACAGUUUUCAGGACGUGAAAACUACAUUUUCAAGUGCAAUGGCAGCGUGCUGUGAAAUAGGAAUGAGUUUACUCAGUUUGGAAUACGACUACAAAUACAAAUCCGUUAUUGAAGCUCUUAAAAAAAAUAUUACGUCGAGUGAUUAUUUCUGGACGUCUGGUUCCGACAAAGGGUGCGAGACAAAUUACGGCUACUGCACGGCGAAGAGAUUGCUUCGAAAAGAGGCAAUUUGGGCAUCAGGUCAACCGGACAAUGCUGACGGAAACGAGAGUGCUGUUGCCGUAUACAUCACCGACGUGAAAGCUCAGUUGUUUGAUUUCAACGAAGAGUCCAAAUACAGAUACAUUUGUGAGGCACGUGAUACAUCCAAAGCUAAAUCAGGAGGAUCUGCUGUGAGGGACGAGUGCGCUUCAAUUUACAAUGUCACUCAAGCUGAAAUCGACACCGUUCUGAACAACACAGAGAAACUUGAUUUAAGAUUAAAGUGCUUCUUGAAAUGCUUGGGAGAAAAUUCAGGCCUGAUGGUGAAUGGGAAAUUCUUAGAGAACGAGGUAUUGGCUAUUCUCGAAAAUUUAGCCCAUGGAAACCUGGACGAUCUUCAAAAGAACAUGGGCAUCAUGGACGAUUGCGGAAAAGCGUCCACUGGCAUGGACGAAUGUGACAAGGCGGCGCAAAUGAUAGGCUGCAGCAACGAGAAGGCGCCCGACGUUCUGAACGGCGUCAUAAUGGCCAUGGAUCAGUCGAUGCCUGUGGUAAAAGCCCCUCUACCGCCGGAAGCAUUUUGUUUUAAUGCAUCUGAAUGUCCAGGCGCACCUCAAUAUGCGCAAGAAAUAGCUGCUUGCAAAGCUGACUGUCAGGUAACAUUUGGAUGGGUUAAGUUUUGCGGUACCACAAAAUACUACCUAGAAGGAAGAACGACUGAUUUCCAAGGUGCAUUUGUGAACUGCUGUAACUUGGGCAUGAAAUUACUAUCAAUCACGACUAUUGAAGAGGUCAAUUGCCUCGCAAGUUUUACAUAUCCAAACCAAAAUCAAUGGAGUUGGGUAGCGGUGAGCAAAGUCAACAGUAUCACUCCACGUUGGUGUACUUCUGAUAAGCCAUUUAAUAAUUCCAUUUUCGCCAGUUUUGCAGACAAUGCCCAAUGCAAUACAUUUGCUUACAUAACAAGUUCUAAAACGAUGUCAUACACAACCACAGCUCACACGUGGUAUUCAAUUUGUGUACAGAUAUGAAAAGUUU